AUGUCUCUGCGCUAUCGAGCGACCCGAUUCCUCUCUUCACCACGUCGUCCGACAACCCUCAAUCCCCCUCGACUAGCAUGUAACAAACUAUUUCUUAGUACAACAUCUCGACUAAAUCGAUAUCCACAAUCUCAAGCUGCUCUUGCCCACUCCCCUGCCCCCUCAGCAUCAUACGAAUCCACAUAUAUACCUCCUCCUCCUCUAUCAACUACGUCAAGGGGCGAUAACGAAGCUCUGAAAGCGCAUUUCGACCUACCUCACACUAUCACCACUUCUACCACCACCUCUUCAUCAGGAUUAUUUACCUUCCCACCUCUCACACACCCCUCGUCACUCCGCCCCUUGACCGAGAGAACGCUCGUACAAGCAAGUGCGAUCGUCGAGCGAAUAUGUAAUGCACCUCUAGACCCCUCAGGCAAAGAGCUACGAUUAGUAGUGAAGAAUCUGGACAGACUCAGCGAUGUGCUUUGCGGAGUGAUAGAUAUGUGCGAGUUGGUCAGGAAUGUACACCCGGAUCAGCAAUGGGUGCAAGAGUCGGAGAGGACAUACGAGGUGCUGUGUAGUUUCAUGAACGAGCUGAAUACCAGUAGAUGUUUAUACGAGUCUCUAAGCAAAGCCGUCUCAUAUCCUCAUCCCAAUCCACUCACUUCUGCCGAGCUCAAAGUCGCUCAAACAUUCUUAUCAGACUUUGAACGAUCAGGUAUUCAUCUUCCUCCAGCUGUCCGUCAGAAAUUCGUCUCCCUUUCUGACUCCUUACUUUCUCUCGGUCGUACUUUCCUAUCCUUCGCAUCCAGCGGUCCAUCUACCAAACCACUCAUCGAAUUACCCGAACCCGAGAGGUUAUUAGCUGGUAUGGGUUCACAAUUCAUCGACUCGCUCCCCCGUAAACGACGAGGCGGAGCCGCAUACAUCGUACCGGGAAGUUGGGAGGCUCAGAUGAUCUCACGCUAUGCCCGAGAGGGAGAAGCAAGAAGGUUGGUCUACAUAGGUGGGAUACAGAAAGACCCAGAGAGGGUGGAAGUAUUAGAAGAGAUGUUGAAGAAACGAGCCGAAUUAGCCAAUGUCCUAGGAAAAGAAACUUGGGGUGAUGUGACAUUAAGUGACAAAAUGGCUAAAAAUCCUCAAAACGUCUUUGGAUUUCUGGAUUCUUUGACAAAACAUCACAAACCUGUUGCAGCCCUGGACGUGGGUAUACUACAGAGAUUGAAGGCUACUACUUUAACUGGAAACAAUUACGAUCUCAAUUCCACAUCUGUUCAUCUACCUCCGUUGAACGCAUGGGAUAGAGAUUACUUUGCGGAGAGAUACCUAUCUACCUUGGCUCCCACUUCUAGCUUACCACCUAUCACGCCGUACUUUUCCACUGGAACUGCCCUGAUGGGAUUAUCUAAGAUAUUCAAAAAGUUAUAUGGGAUAUCGUUCGUACCCCGUUCAGUGGACAGUGGAGAAGUAUGGCACGACAGUGUGAGAAGAUUGGAUGUGGUAGAUGAGAAUGAAGGAACGAUAGGUAUAAUAUAUUGUGAUUUAUACUCACGUACGAAUAAACCACCUUCAGCGGCUCAUUAUACCGUCAGAUGCUCACGAAGGGUAGACGACGAUGAUCAUUCUGGAGAUGGUCUACCGGCUGGAUGGGAUGAGAAAUACGGUGGAAGAGGAUUAGAAGUAGACGGAGAGACUUUGAAAGGGAAAGAAGGGAAAUUUCAAUUACCCGUUGUGGUUCUCACAUGUGAUUUUGGGAAUGUCGAUGUUGGAAGACCAGCCUUGUUAGGUUGGAACGAUCUGGAAACGUUGUUCCAUGAGAUGGGACAUGCUAUACAUUCGAUGAUUGGUCGAACAGAGUUCCACAACGUAUCUGGUACACGUUGCGCAACAGAUUUUGUUGAGCUACCUUCAAUCUUGAUGGAACAUUUCGUCUCUUCACCCGAAGUACUAUCAUCUUUCGCUACCCAUUAUCUCACCAAUGAACCAUUACCUAUCCCCCUUAUCGAAGCUCAUCUGAAACUGAACCAAUCGCUUGCGGGACUAGAAACACACGGACAAAUCUGUAUGGCACUCUUAGAUCAGAAGUAUCACUCGUUGAAACAUAACCAAGAGAUCGAUUCAAGUAAGAUAUGGUACGACCUGCAGAAGAGCAUAGGAGUGAUUCAGCCUAUUGAGAAUACAGCUUGGCAGACUCAGUUUGGACAUCUAUACGGUUAUGGUGCGACAUAUUAUUCUUAUUUGUUUGACAGAGCCAUAGCAGGUAAAGUAUGGAAUACCCUAUUUGCAACGCCUCAACGAGGUGGAGAAGGAGUGUUAAGUAGAGAUGGAGGUGAGAUGUUGAAGGAUAAAUUGCUCAAAUGGGGUGGAGGGAAAGAUCCUUGGUUGAUGAUUGGAGAUGUGAUUCAAGGUAAUGAAGGGGAGAUUGUAAGUAGAGGUGAUGAGAGGUCGAUGAAGGUGGUAGGAGGAUGGAUGAUUAAGUGA